UAUCACCCUCAGUUUCCGAGGUGUCCCUCUCACAAAGUCUUAUAUAUGGUCACAGCCGGUAGAAUUGUUUCACAAACUCUUUCUUUUAUGGUGUUGUGUUGAUUCCUGGUGCGACUUCCUUACUACAACCCUACAACUAGCUCCAACUCCUUCAGGAUAAUCGAUCUACAUAUUGUUUUGAUCGAUCCUAAUGGCAGAGAUGGUGAGUUCCGCAGUGGUCCAGGAGGCAGUUAGCCAAGUCUUAUCUAGCAUAAGGGACAAGUACGAGGGGAAGUCAAAUGCAAAGGAGCACAUGGAGAGGAUGGAGAUGGCGCACAUCAAGCUGGAGGCCGCCCUCGAGACAUCCGACAAGUGGAACGUCACAAGCGCGCCAUUGCUGCGUUGGCGGAGCAAGCUCAAGCGCGCUGUGCAGGAGUGCGACGACACACUGCGGAGGUGCAAGCAGCGCUCUCAGGGAGAAGCGGAAGGGACGGAGCACGGGGUAAGGAGCUCCACCUUUCCUAAACGGAUUGCUCACACUGCCAAGUCGUUCGUUUCCUCCAUCUUUAAUCGCGGCGACGACGAGCUGAGCGGAUCCACCGUUCGGCGAUUCGAGUGGUUCGCAGACGGUGCUAGCGAGUUUUUGAGAUAUGUGGAGCUUGGUGGCACACCACGCCAAUACAUGUUCUUCGACCCUCUUGUGCGCCAUCUUCUCGCUGGCAAAGGAACAGAGUAUAGCUUUGUUCGCGGGGACCAACACCUCUCGUUUUUUCUCGGGUCCUUCAGUCCUCCCGAGCAUGGGAUAGAGGGUAGGCUGAAAUUUUUCCUCGAAGAUGGUAAUGCGCCAGAGAAUAAUUUCCUUCUUGGUCUUCACUUUAGACUUUCCGAGAGUACCGACAUAGUUGGGGUUGUAGUCAGAUGCCUGCAGCUGUUUACGCCUCACUUGAGGUCCACUUCUGAGACUGUGAAGACAAAGCUCACCCAGCUACCAACGCAAGACUUCUACUGGGCGCCAUGUAUUGAUUCAAGCCUUAAGAAACACUGGAACAAUCUUCACAACAUAUUUUGUAAAUGGUUUCGGCCAGAUCCGCUUUGUUGCCAGCAACAUGAUCAUCGGCACAUGCAGAGCUACGCCGGUAGCAACACAAGCUCAUCAUCAGAACCAUUUCCAUGUGAUAUAUACUUGGAACCAGUUACCGAAGUGUUUUUGCUGGGCCACGUCCCACUGUCACCUGGGUACAACAAACAGAGGGCGGUCGUCGACGGCGAAACAUGCCCGGUGAGAGAUGUUCCGUACCUGAAACUGGGAGGACUCUUCUCGCCCCAUGCUUCUUCUGAAGAUUUGUUGCCUACAGUUGGGGGUUCAGCGACAGAGAUGCUCAACGGGGAGGCCGCGCAACGUGGCUUGUAUGCAAACAUUUCCUUUGAACAGCUGGGCGAGAUCAUGCUACCCAAGGCGGUAGAUUGCCUUUGCCAGAAUGCGGGAGCGACCUCGUAUCAGAUGCUGUGGAAGUCCAAGCACGGCGGCGCAUACCUUCGGGUCCAGAAGACCGCAUGCCGAGCAACCAGUCGGAAAGGUAGGGGACGAAACCGUCUGAAACAGUGGGGCAUGGGAGUGCGCCGAGGAAUCACUGAGUUCCUCGGCUCGUGGGUUGCGCACGCGCCUGCCCAGCUGCAGGGCUCAAUCGCAGACUGGAUAAAAAAAGAAUCAGUAAUGCAGUUAGCACUUGAUUAGAAGUAGUUAGUCUAUCAACCUGUGCACCUACACGGGCUAGCCAUUUCAGCAGACCGUGUGUAUUAAAAGAGUCUGUCUAGUUGUUUUUUGUUGACAGAUUUUUGUUUCAAAAUCUGUCAUUUUUUUCCAAUUAUAUAGCGUCACUUUUUCCAAUUAUAUAGCGUCAUAUGGAGAAUUUGAAUGA